AUGUUCCUCUCGAAGAAAGCUGUAUUUGCCGCCGCCGCUACUCUGCUCUCUACCGUGGCUAACACACAGGGACAAUUCCCCUCCGCUGUGGCACCAGAAGAUUCCGCUGUCAUCAAGUUAACAGGUGAGAAUUUUGCUGCAUUCAUCGCAGGUCAUAACUUGGUCCUGGCAGAAUUUUACGUCCCCUGGGAUUACCAUUCCAAACUAUUGAUUCAAGAAUUCGUCGCUACCGCCAACGAACUACAACAACAUGAUAUCUCAUUAGUGCAAAUUGAUUGUGAAGCAGAUGAAUUAUUAUGUUCUCAAUUGGAAAUUAACUACUACCCAACUUUAAAGAUCUUCAAGAACCAAAAAAUAGUUAAGGCCCCCACUUAUACAGGUACCAAAUCAGCUGAGACAUUGGUACCAUUCAUGAUUGCUCAAGCUGUUUCACCCAUUAAUGUCGUCGAUAAUGAAGAAGAUUUCGAAAAAUAUUUGACUCAAGAUAGAUCAAUACCUUUAUUGGCCGAUUUUGGUGCCCCAGGUUUGAAUGAAACUUUCUAUGAAAUGGCAACGGAUAGUUAUGAUAAAUACGUAUUUGUUUCUUACCCAACAAAGAAUUCAUCUCAUGGAUUAAUGCUUUUCCCAGCUCCAGUGCAAGUGGAAGAAACUUCAGAAGAGAUUGCUAGGGAAAAUGAAGGAUUACCCGAGGGACAAACUGUAAUGAAAAUGAUUAUUCCAGAACCAAUUCCUUACGUCGGUGAUCUAGAUAAGAUUAUUGAUAACAAAGACGAAUUCAUUAAAUGGACUAAAGUAUCAUUACUACCAUUCUUCCAAGAUUGUAAAAUUGCUGAUUUCAACAAGUAUAUGGAAACUAAGAUGCCCUUGGCAUACUUGUUUUACACUGAUAAGAACGAUUUGGUUAAAUACACUGAUUUCUUCACCGAAUUGGGACAAAAGUAUCGUGGUGAAGUUAAUUUCAUCGCUUUAGAUGCCAACACUUAUAGUAACCAUGUCAAGCACCUAAGUUUAAAACAACAAUACCCAUUAUUUGCCAUUCAUAACGUCACCAACAAUAUGAAGUACUCCUUACCACAAUUAUCUGAUGAAGAAUAUUUAGAUUUGAAGGGAUCUUUGGAAUUAGAUGAAGAUAAAAUUGUUGAGUUAAUUGAUGCAUUUGUAAAUAAAACCGCUGUACCCAUGCAAAGAUCUGAACCUGUCCCAAAAAGCCAAGAUUCAAAUGUCUAUAAAUUGGUCGGGGACACUCAUGAUGCAAUCGUCUUUGAUAAAUCCAAGGAUGUCUUGGUCAAAUAUUACGCUCCAUGGUGUUCUCAUAGUAAGAGAUUAGCACCAAUUUUUGAAGAAUUGGCCGACAUUUACGCCUCAGAUGAAUCUACAAAGGAUAAAUUAUUAUUAGCUGAAGUGGACGCCACAGCUAAUGAUAUCAUUCAUUAUCCUGUCGAGGGGUAUCCAACCGUUGUUUUAUUCCCCGCUGGUGAAGACACUCAACCUAUUAUGUUUAAGGAUUCAAGAACUUUGGAAAAACUAGUCGAAUUUGUUAGAAAUAAUGGUACCUAUCACAUCGAUGCAGAUGCCAUUAGAGGUAUUGAACAUACUGAUACCACCAGUGAAGGAAGUGUUGAUAUUACUGAGCAUGAUGAAUUGUAA